UUGAAAUUGAAUUCGAUUGUAGGUGUCUCGGAUUUGGUUUCGGAGGGCAUUUGGUUUGCUAGAUUCAUUCAUCAGUUCUGCUCAUUGCUUUUCUUUGGUCUCCAAAUUAUAUACCAUCACUAUCUGCUCCGGUACCCUGUAUUGGACACAAGGUUAACUACGAGUUUGUGUAAGCAAGUAAAUCUCAUUGGUCUCCGGGGGCAAGAACAUAUUAGCUCCGGCCGGCCAGUCAUGGAGGACUCCCGUAAUGACUCCGUAAUACGUAUUACUCCAGAUCGGAAUAUCUUACAAUCAUUUGGAGGACAUAGAUCACCAAGUACAAAAUGGGUAGCGUUAACAGAGGAAUGAUUACACUCUUAGGGAAAGCUGAAGAAGCCGUGCCUCAUGAAGCAGCAUUUUUUUCCGUAUGGGAUCAUAUUAUAUUUACAAUAUUCUGUGCAUUUGCUCUCUUGAUUGAUCCUGUGUUCCUUUACGUGAAUAUCUCCGACGACAAGAAGUAUAUGGAUUUAGAACUUGAUGGCAGCAUACUUGGUUCUACGAUACACCACAGACCUGCAUUUUGCAGUUGAUCUUUCUUCGUAUCUAUGGAGAUUUUCUAAGAAACUUGGUGCUAAGAUCUCCGGGAGGAGGAGAAGCCUUCCGGCAGCACGUCGUCGGAAAGAAAUGAUACUCAACCUUUCUUGGCAGUUUCCUCUUUGUUUUGCUCACUGUUUUGUUGUUCUUCCCAUUCCACAGAUAAUGGUGCGCAGUGCUUAUAGCAGUUUGAUGGUACUUGUUCCUUUGUUUGCAAUCCAAUAUACGGCAAGGGUUUAUCGUAUCUAUACAGCGUUAAAACGACACCCUAACAAAGAGACUGGAUUUGGAAGUUGGCUCAAAGCUAUACUGGAAUUUUUCCCAUUCAUUCUUGCUGCUCAUGUACCAAUGCUUGAAAAGAUAAGUCCACGAGUGUUGAAAGCUAUCUGUAACCAUCUUGAACCAAUGACCUAUACAAUGAACUCCUAUAUUCUUAGAAAAAGAGAACCACUUUGGAAUAUGUUGUUUAUCACUCAAGGAACUGCAUUGACCUACAAACCCAGUAGCAGCUCUAAUAAUGAUAAUAUGGGUGAAAGUACUAGUCUUUCCUCAAUUGAUUGCAUUCAAACCGGUAAUUUCUACGGAGAGGAGCUUUUAAAUUGGGCAUUCGAACUCGAGUCAUUUGCUGAGUUGAGUUGCCCAUCUCGAAGAGAACUGUUAUUUCCCAGACAAAGUUGGAAGCAUAUUCUAUCAAUGCUACCAGUUUGAAGAGAGUUGUCUCCAACUUUCCGUUACAUUUCGGAUUGAUGAACCUCUCGGAUCUUGAGCGUUCUCAUUUUGCAGCUUCUUUCUUGCAGUUAGCCUGGCGCGCAAGAGUGGAGAGUAGGACUCCAGGAACAAAUCAUGUAACUAAUUAGUCAAAAUUGACUGAUCAAACUUCUUCUUUGUUUGUAAAAGAGUUAUGAGCCUUGUUAAAGUUCAUGCAGCAUUGCUUAAUUCAGUUGAUGAUAGAUAUCAUAA